AUGAGGUCCACUUUCGAACACCUGCUCCACCGGCAACCGAGUCUGUGCAAGGCCUGGGUGUCCUGGGCACAAAUGGAGAAGCGUUGCCACCGCUUUAACCAGUCCGAGCGCUGGCACCGUUGCCGCGCUGUGCUGCAGCGCGGCCUAGAGUUGAACCCAUCAUCAUCCUGCCUCAUUCAGGCCUGGGGCCUUAUGGAGCUUCAGCGUGGAAACUGGCUGGCAGCCGUUAUGAUGUUGGAACGCUCCGCCCGCCUCGAUGACCGCUGCGUACCGGUGCUGAGGUGGCAGCACGUGAAAACCGCCAAGACGACGGACGAGCAGACCGCUAGCUGUACUGGUCGUUCCAACGCAUGCCACAAGUCCAGAGCUGGUGUUCCUCUAACUCUUAUGUGGAUGGCUAACAACGCCAUCGACCGCUGA